AUGGCGCCUUUCGGCAAGAAAUGCAGGCACGGUCCGAAUUGCUGGUACCUGCGGAUCGGGAUAUGUCAGUAUCUUCAUUCAGACUCAGACCACGCCGCGGUCCGGCGCACUAGACUCGACGAGCUGCACCGUGGGCUCAGCCGGCACCGUCAAGAGCUGGUGGAUGUCGCGAGUCUGGCGCCGGAGAGCGAGGACAACUUCGUCGGCAUCGCCCAGGAAAGGGAGCUUGCUAGCUUCAACAAGGUUUGCGGCGGCGAGAUCGCCGUGCCAGCUGACACUUGGUCAUCAGGAAUCCCUCCCCGGUUUACGCCCCCGACCGGGCCCCUGGAGCUGCCACGCGACGACCACAAUGGCCCCCUACGGCGCGACUUCCCACGAUACACGUUCCAGUUCGAGCCCUUACUGCGGUCCGUCGAGCUGAUGCAGCCCACAUUCGACAUGGAGGCGGUCGACGUGAUCAGCAACGCCGGCAACCUGAGCAAGCUGUACGAGAUGCUUCGAAAUACGAGCUGGCAGGCGAUGCGAUUCGAGCUGGAGCUGCGGGGGCGCACCCUGCUGCUCUCGCGAUGGAGCGACGACCCGGCGCUGGCGUUCCGCCCGGGUUACGGCGGUGGCUUCGAGCGGGAGACGUGCCGGCAUGGCGCCGAAGAGGACCCGGUGCUGCGGCAUAGCGCCAGCCACCACCGCGUCGUGGCCUACCGCUUCGGCGGGCUGCAGUACGUCGUCCAGUCCGAGGUGGACGCCUAUUCCUGCAACGGCGACGACCACGCCCGGCCGCCGCCGCCGCCCCAAUCGCAGACCCAGUCGCAGCCAGCGGCGCCAGCCAGAUGCGGCAGCAAGCACAACCAGGCACGCCUCCGCGGCCGGCCGCCGCCCCGGCAGAAGAAGCGCGCCGCCUCAACCCACAUCUCCGGCUUCGCGGCCCUCACGCUCGACGACCCGGGCGACAGCAAAGCCUUCGCCGCUGCCGCCACCACCACCACCACCUUGCCUAAGAAAACAGCAACCACCCCCACCCUCUCCAAAACACCACCACCAACAACAACAACAGAAACAAGAACAACCGCAACCAGCCCAACCCUCCUAAUCCACCACGCCGGCCGCCCCAUCCCCCCGUCCUGGCUAGUGGAAAUCAAAACAUACAACGCGCGCACGGUGGGGCCGCGACCGCUCACCGCGCUGGCGCAAGUGUACUUUGCGCGGCGGGCGCAGCUGUACGAGGCGCGGCACGAGGGCGGGGUGUUUUUGUUCCGGCCUCGCCGCGGGGAAGCGGAAGCGGAAGGGGCAGCGGCGACGGGGACGGGGACGGGGACGGGGACGGGGACGGUGGUGCGCGACGUGGGCGGCGAGCUGUGCGCCUGGGAGCACAGCGAGCAGCCUGUGCUGGGCAAGGUGGCGGCGCUGGUGAGGGCGGUGAGGGAGCGGGUGGCCGAGUGGAGGAGGGGGAGGGGCGUGGUGCGGGCCGGCAUGGUUUGUGAGAGCGAUGGGACGGGGGCGGAGGGCGGGGUGAGGGUGUGGUUGUGCGAGAGGGAGGGCGGUGCGCAGGGCGGAGACGGGCUGAUGCCGGAGGACUGGGGCGGAUCGGGCUAG